AUGGGUUCCAUCCACCAAGACCGCAAACUUUUCACUCCUCUCCAAGUCGGGGACACGACGCUCUCCCACCGCGUUAUAAUGUCACCCCUCACACGAGUCCGUUGUCCAGGAGGCAUUCCUUCUCCUGACGUAGCUGAGUAUUAUGCUCAGCGAGCAACGCUUGGAGGUUUGAUUAUUUCAGAGGGCAUGCAUCCUAGCUUUAUGGGCGGAAACCUCCAUAAUAUCCCAAGCAUGUAUUCCCCUGAGCACAUUCGGAGCUGGAGAGUUGUUACGGAUGCCGUGCAUGCUAGGGGUGGGUAUAUGGUUUGUCAGUUGUGGCAUAUCGGUCGAUUCGGAACCUCUCACACCUUAGGUGGUCGUCAACCUCUCAGCGCCUCGGCCACGAACAGUAAUCUCGUCAAUAGAUUGACGCCUAAGGGUCAGGUCCCGACGGAGACGGCGAAGGAGAUGACACUUGAAGAUAUUAGGGACACGAUUGAGGACCAUGUUCAUGCUGCGAAGUGCGCUAUCGCUGCUGGAUUUGACGGUGUUGAGAUCUCCUCUGCAAAUGGGUACCUCUUCGACCAAUUCCUCAACGAUAGGACCAAUUUGCGAAAAGACCAUUACGGAGGCACCGAAGAGAACCGCGCUCGCUUCAUCCUCGAGACUCUUGACGCAAUGGCCGCUGAAAUCGGUCAUGCAAGGACCGCCGUCAGGUUCAGUCCGUGGGGAACAGUCAUGAUGCCUCUAGCUUCCGAUCCAAUCUCAAACUGGACAUAUGUCUUGAGCGAAGUCGAGAAGCGAGGUCUCGCGUACGUCUGCCUCACUCAGCCUCGCGCCGAUCUCUUCUUGUCUUCUGACAAGAAGCUGGCGACUUUGGCCAAAGCAUCUGAGGAUGGAAUAAUUGCUGCCGAGCCCGAGGAUAUUCACUUGAAGCAUUUCGAAAAAGUGUUGAAGGAUACUCCGACGUUUGCAACAGGCGAGUAUGAUGGCACAAAUUGUUUUGAUGAGGUUGAGAAGGAGGAAUUGGAUGGUGUUACGUUCGGCAGGUGGUUUAUCAGUAAUCCAGAUUUGGUGGAGAAGAUUAGAUUGGGAUUGAGGUUGACGCCGUGGGAUCAAACCACCUUCUAUACACCUGGGCCGAAGGGUUACACUGACUAUCCUGUUGGAGAAGUGGAUCCGAGUGGUCUUUGA